CUCGUUUAUCUAAUGGGCGCAGCCAUCUUGGAUAAUGACGUCAUGAGGACGAGACGAUUUUAUAAUGGGAGGACAGUUUGCUACUAAACUAGAAAUUCUAGGUAGACCAGACGGCGGUGAGUGAAAGCUUCAAGACCCAAGACAUCUCGACAUCGGCAAUCCAGUUUAUUAGGGUACAAGGUGUACAAAACAUUCAUCUACUGUUCGAUUCACACGUUCAUCUGUAACCAUGUCCGACAACAGUGGAGAUGCUCCUGCUGCAGAUACAAACAACAUUCCACAGAACCAGCCCACUGGAAAAGAAACAGCUCACGAUGUGAUUGAAGAAAGCUCCCCUGGAGAUAGCACAGCCACAGAUGCAAAGACUGGCAAAGCACCACUAAAUGCGUUCAGUUCAUCACGAUUAGGGAGGCCUGCGAUAUCGCAAGUAAAGAACUCAACAAGAAAUGACCAAACGUCUGCUUUCCAUUUUCCAGGGUUCAUCGAGUCUCUACCUGAAGACAUUCAGCUUCGAUAUCGGAUGGAUCAUCGAAAGAGAGGUCUUGCAAUCGUCUUCAACCAUGAGAACUUCUCCCUCUCCGUUGGAAUGAAUAGGCGGACAGGCACAGAGCUUGACGCACGUAACCUUCGCAAGUACCUCGGGAGGUUAGGCUUCGAAGUCGUGGUGUUCCAAGACCUUCGUGUGGCAGAAAUCAAGAGGCAGUUUGAAAGAGCUGCCUUGGAAAUGGACCAUUCUGACUCUGAUUGUAUUCUUUGCGCGUUCUUAACGCACGGCGACGAUGGCAUCAUUUACGGAUACGAUGGCACCCUACCCAUAAGUGAUCUCUUUGAGUACUUCAGGGGUGAAAACUGUCCAUCGCUUGUUGGAAAGCCAAAAGUUUUUCUUGUUCAGGCCUGCCGGGGGGAUAAACACGAAAUUGGAGUUGAGACGGAUGCUGUGGACAGUGAUGAACCGGACAGUGGCUACACGGUAGUGGAUAACGGACCGCGCCCAACAGUCCCAGCUGGGGCUGAUAUACUCAUCUGUUACUCCGUCACACAAGGUUUUUACUCUCACCGUGACACGGCACUGGGCUCGUGGUUCAUCCAGGCCCUGAGUCAGGUCAUGGAGCACUACGGCAGCACUAUGGAGUUCACCAGCAUCUUAACCGUCGUCAAUCGGUUAGUGGGUCAGCGAGCUGUGGAGCGAUGUCUAGACCCUCGUAUGCUGGGUAAGAAGCAGAUCCCAUGCUUUGUAUCCAUGCUUACAAAACAAUUGAUAUUUACGCCAAAGUGAAUCUAGUCCUAUUCAUUGCCCUGAUAUUGUAUAAAACUAUUGCAGGCUAUUCACAAUAUAGUGCCCCCUUUACAGUUUACCACAGCAAAGCUGUUAAAAUUACUUAAAAGCUGUCGACGAAAAGCAAUCACAUUUGCAACUCGGCAUUGCAUGGGCAGUUUUUGGGGCCUUUAAAUGGCUGACAUGUAUGUACAAAACAUUCAUCUACCUCCCCCAAAAAAAUAUCAUAAUGGUACACAGGGUUUGAUGGUGGGAAAAUCGUAUAGGACACUUGCACGCGCGUCACACGCGGCGACUGAUGCCACGUUCACCAUGUUGGUGGUCAAUAGGUUUAUGUGUAAACG